UUAUACCAAACACCAUUUUGCAUCACUAGAUUUCUACUCUCCUGCCCUAGAAAACAUAUGGAUCCCAAAGGUGUUCAAAAUGGUUUCGAAAUGACCAACUUUGAUCAACAUGAAGCCAAUCUGGGAGGUACGGAUUGUUUGGUGGACCUCACCCUGAGGCUAGGAAUACCAUCUUCCGACAAAAACAACGAUCAACAAUCCCAUACUGCACAUGGUUCUUCUACCUCUCAGGCCGUCGAUAGGUAUAGCCUCAACAAUCUCAACGUUAAUGGACACAGGCAAUAUGAAUUUCCUGCUCCACCGGAGUUGAAGAAUUACUGCAUAAUAAACAUAUCCAACAGAAGAGGAAAAACUGGUGGCUCGAGAAAGAGGAAGACUACUGGACGCCGUCCAGCUAAAGUUGGUGAUAUCGAUAAAACCUGCACCAACUAUAACUGUCGUGUUACCGAAUCUCCCAUGUGGCGUACUGGUCCCCUUGGCCCCAAGAGUCUUUGCAAUCGGUGUGGGAUCAGGUUCCGAAAGAUAAAGCAAAAGGAAGAAACAGAGCAGCAGGCUGCGGGAGCAGCUUUCAAACAGCUUCAUGCGGUCUCCAAGCUUUAG